GCUGAUCGUGCUACACUACCACUGGUAUUGUAUUAGGGGUUGAUUUUCAACAAAUGCCGUGUGCGCCUUUUGAAGUCUGAAGAAGAGAUGGCAGUGGCUCAAGGAAUAUAAUUAGUAAUGCUUCUCUUUUCGGUUGGCUGAUGGCUGCUGUUAGGUUUGCAUGGGAACCAUGAAAAACAGAAGAAAUGGCACUUUGGAAGGUUCCAAAAUUCUUUACUCCAGUAUUUCUCGCAGUACAGAUGUGUCGGACAGUGACAGUGAUUUGGUCAACUUCAUUCGAGAACAUUUUAAGAAGAGAGAAUGCGUCUUCUUCACGAGAGAUGCCAAGUCAAUGGAUCACCUGUGUAAAUGUGGGUAUUCCAAAAGCCAACACAUAGAGGGGACACAGGUAAAUAACAGCGAGAAAUGGAAUUACAGGAAACACACAAAGGAGCUUCCGACUGAUGCUUUCGGGGACAUUCAGUUUGAAAAUCUUGGGAAAAGAGGAAAGUACAUCCGGCUGUCAUGCGAUACAGACUCCGAAAUGCUCUAUGAUCUGAUGACUCAACACUGGCAUCUGAAAACUCCCAACCUGGUCAUCUCGGUCACAGGCGGGGCAAAAAAUUUCGCUCUCAAGCCCCGGAUGCGCAAGAUAUUCAGCAGGCUGAUCUACAUUGCCCAGUCGAAAGGGGCCUGGAUUUUCACCGGAGGCACUCACUAUGGCCUGAUGAAGUACAUUGGUGAGGUGGUGAGGGACAACACCAUCAGUAGGAGCUCGGAGGAGAACGUGGUGGCUAUCGGCAUAGCGGCCUGGGGCAUGAUUUCCAACCGGGAGAGUCUGAUCCGAAGUGGCGACGCUGAGGGGUACUAUGCAGCCCACUACAUAAUGGACGACCUUAAGAGAGACCCGUUGUAUUGCCUGGACAAUAAUCACACCCACUUAUUGCUGGUUGACAACGGCACCCAUGGACAUCCAACCGUGGAGGCCAAGCUGCGGACGCAGUUAGAAAAAUACAUUUCAGAGCGCGUCAUUCCAGAUUCUAAUUAUGGUGGGAAGAUUCCGAUCGUGUGUUUCACCCAAGGUGGAGGGAAAGAAACUUUGAAGGCUAUCAACGUUGCCAUCAAAAGCAAAAUUCCCUGCAUCGUAGUGGAGGGCUCCGGCCAGAUUGCUGAUGUGAUAGCGAGCUUAGUGGAGGCUGAAGGCAUUCUAGCCUCUUCAUCUGUCAAGGAGAGGCUGCUCCGAUACCUGCCUCACACAGUUUCGAGACUCACAGAGGAGGAUACUGAAAGCUGGAUCCGAUGGAUCAAAGAAAUCAUUGAAAACCCCCAUCUGCUCACGGUCAUUAAAAUCGAAGAAGCUGGAGAUGAAAUCGUGAGCAACGCCAUUUCCUUUGCGUUGUAUAAAGCCUUCGGCACCAAUGAACAGGACAAAGACAACUGGAACGGGCAGCUUCAGCUGCUGCUGGAGUGGAACCAACUGGAGCUGGCCAGCGACGAGAUCUUCACCAAUGACCGACACUGGGAGUCUGCAGACCUUCAGGAUGUCAUGUUUAUAGCUCUCAUCAAGGACCGGCCCAAAUUCGUCCGCCUCUUCCUGGAGAACGGCUUAAACCUGAGGAAGUUUCUCAGUCAUGAGGUGCUUACCGAGCUCUUCGCCAACAACUUUAGCAGCCUGGUGUUUAAGAACCUGCAGAUUGCGAAGAACUCCUACAACGACGCCCUCCUCACCUUUGUGUGGAGGAUGGUUGAGGACUUCCGAAGGAGCAUCAAAAAAGAGAAUAAGAACAGCAAGGAUGAGACCGAAAUCCAGCUGUUGGAUGAAUCGUCUAUCACAAGGCAUCCCUUGCAAGCUCUGUUUAUCUGGGCAGUUCUUCAGAACAAGAAGGAGUUAUCCAAAGUCAUUUGGGAACAGACGAGGGGCUGCACGUUGGCAGCCCUCGGGGCCAGUAAACUCCUGAAAAGCCUGGCCAAAGUGAAGAACGACAUCAAUGCUGCCGGGGAGUCUGAGGAGCUGGCGAAUGAAUACGAGACAAGAGCAGUAGAGCUGUUCUCGGAGUGCUACAGCAGUGACGAAGAGCUGGCAGAACAGCUGCUGACCUAUCCCUGUGAAGCCUGGGGCGGGAGCAAUUGCCUGGAGCUGGCUGUGGAAGCAAAAGAUCAGCAGUUCAUUGCCCAGCCAGGAGUGCAGAAUUUCCUUUCCAAACAGUGGUAUGGAGAGAUCUCGAGGGACACCAAGAACUGGAAGAUUCUAUUGUGUCUCUUCCUUUUCCCUUUAAUCGGCUGUGGUUUCAUCUCCUUCAGAAAAAAGCCCGUGGAGAGGAGCAAGAAGCUCUUGUUGUACUAUGCCUCGUUCUUCACCUCCCCUUUCGUGGUCUUCUCUUGGAAUGUCAUCUUCUACAUCGUUUUCCUGCUGCUGUUCGCCUAUGUCCUGCUGAUGGAUUUCCAGAGGGAACCCACCCUGCUGGAGCUCAUCCUCUACGUUCUGGUCUUCAUCCUGUUUUGUGACGAAGUGAGACAAUGGUACAUGAAUGGGAAUAAAUAUUUCUUAGAUCCGUGGAACAUCAUGGAUACGCUUGGAAUCUUUUACUUCAUAGCCGGGAUCAUAUUCAGGCUCCAUUCCUCCAAUGAGAGCUCCUGGUACUCUGGGCGAGUCAUUUUUUGCCUAGACUACAUUAUUUUUACUCUGAGGCUGAUCCACAUUUUCACAGUGAGCAGGAAUCUAGGACCAAAAAUCAUUAUGCUGCAGAGGAUGCCAAACCUGGCCAUGUUUGGCCAGUACCCUGAUGACAUUGACGGCACCACGUACAAUUUCGAUCGCUGCACCUUCUCGGGGAACGAGUCUAAGCCUCUGUGCGUAGAGCUGGAUGCCAACAACCAGCCCCGCUUCCCGGAGUGGAUCACCAUCCCCCUGGUCUGCAUCUACAUGCUCUCCACCAACAUCCUCCUGGUGAACCUGCUGGUGGCCAUGUUCGGUUACACUGUUGGAUCCGUACAAGAAAACAACGACCAGGUGUGGAAGUUUCAGCGCUACUUCUUGGUUCAGGAGUACGGCAGCCGUUUGACUAUUCCAUUUCCUUUCGUCAUCUUUGCCUACAUCUACAUGGUGCUGAAGAAAUGCUUUCAAUGCUGCUGUGAAAAACAAUGCAAAGAGCCCUCCAUCUGUUGUUCAAAAAAUGAGGACAAUGAGACGCUUGCAUGGGAAGCUGUCAUGAAAGAAAAUUACCUUGUCAAAACCAAUUCCAAAGCAAAUGACUCAUCAGAGGAGAUGGUACAUCGAUUUAGACAACUGGAUGUGAAGCUGAAUGAUCUGAAAGGCCUUCUGAAGGAGAUUGCUAACAAACUGAAAUGAAGGCAGCUUGAAAGCAGAGGAGGCAAACCGCAGCCAUGCACGCUCCUUUAUCGACUCACGAAAAAGAGAGGAUCUAAUCUGCCUCUCUGGGCUUCAAUGCAUCUGUCUGUUAAAAAGGAAGGGUUCCAUUCGACGCUGGUUACUGAUGCGUCUGUGUAUAACAUCAGCAUUAAAAAGGGAACGCUCAGCCCUAUCUCACUUGGUCAUUCUGGAUUAAAUCCAAGGAUAUACCAUCGCCCUCUUUAAUUUCCAGAUGAUCAUUUUUUAAAUCUUUUAAACCCCAUCAAAAUUGCCUUGUUUUGGUCCCUCGUUGGCUUAAAAGCACCAGGCUGUCCCAAUGUAUGUAUUAUUUAUACUAGAAGUCCCAGCUGAGGUCCCUUCUGUGGUAGGAGCUGCACAAACACAAUGAAAGUUCUUCUUCUGAAGACGUCAACGACAGUUGCACUGGGUGCUUACGGGCUAGCAUAAAUCCGCUUUGUAGAAAUGAAUUUUCAUUGGUGUCUGCCGUGACUGUGGAAAUUGUGCCUCUUUUCCAUUGUGAUUGUUGCUCAUGUUCUGCUCCGUGGAUCCGGUACCAGCCGUGCUCCCCGUGUGUCAUGCUGGAUGUAGCUGUGAGUAGUGUAACAAAUGUACCUUUCUGAGCAUAU